AUGCCAAGUGCUGAUGAUGUAUUUCGGCAAUUCGAAAUUGAGUUAGACGCUGGUAGUGAACCAAUCUUUCAUGGUGAUGAAUUGAUAACCGGUAAAUUACAAAUUGAACUGAAGAGACCGAUGACCAUACAAGCCAUCAAAUUGCAGUUCAAGGGGCGUGCUGCAUGUAUAAAAAGAGAUUCCGCCAAAGGAGCUGAAAUUGAAAAGGUCUAUUUUGAUAGAGAUUUCACGUUACUGGAAAGGCCACCUGGUCGACCAGAACCGGGACAUUUCCCGUGGAUCGCUGAUUACUUAUACUGCUUGCCAUUUGAAUGCCCAUUACCUCUGGGUUGUCCAACUUCAUACGAAAAUCCUCAUGGGUUUAUUCGAUAUUUUAUCCGGGCUACUGUUGUCGAAGAAGCUGGAACUGAUUCGCGUGAAUAUAUCGCGAAAAAGCCGAUCUCAGUGAUUGCACCGGUGGAGUCAUUUAUGGAAUUGGUCGCGCAACCAAUUGGUGCCUCAGAAACAGUAUCAUUUGGUGGUUGUUGUUGUCGAGGAAAAUUGAUCGCCGAAGUACGCUUGCCAAAAUCUGCCUAUGCACCGGGCGAAACAGUUAUUGGUUCUAUCAGAAUUGAUAAUCGACAUCCAAGGCAUAUAGUUGAUCAGAUGGAACUUCGUCUAGUGGAUCGAGUGCAGUGUGUUGAUUCCAAGAAUAAUAAUACAUUACCCAAUCGGACAUUGAUCAUACGUCGACUCGAGAAACACGAUGCUGUUAAGUCAAAAAGUCUAUUAGAAAAAGAUGAAGUGUUUUUCCUGCAAAUUCCUGCUUUGGCGCCAACUAUAGGGACAAAAUUAAAUAAAUCCUCUGUUACUAAUAAUGCUACAACUACGGAUGCUGAUUUCACAAUGACGCCAGAUCAGCCAGUACCCAAUUCCACUUCUCUUUUAGUCAAAUUUCAAGAAUCUCCAAGCAGUGCAACUUUGAGAUUCCGAAAAAAACCCUUUUUACGGGUUGAAUACGCCAUACAGUUAUCACUCGGCGAUUACUUAUUGCUGGAAUUGCCGAUAACAAUUUUACCAUUACCAUGUCGAGGUAGCAAUAUCCGUUAUCAGCCAUUUGUGGGUGGCGCGCAACCAAUACCGGAAAGCGAUGAAUCUGGAAAAUUCAUCUAUGGUGAUGGUUUCAUGUUUACUCCUCAGUACAGUGUACUGGUUCCAUCUACCAACAAUUAUUCAUCCAAAAGUAAUGUUAUUGCAAACUCGGGAGCAGCGACAACAAUAACAAAUGCAUCGCAGUCAAACGGUAACACCGAAAAUAAUAUCAAGAGAUGA